AUGGCUAGGAUGAAACUAGAUAGAUGGUUUAUUCCACUAGAAAUCAUAGAAAUUAUCCUGUCAAAAUCAUCGGUCAAAUCUCUUCUUCGAUUCAAAACAGUUUGUAAGUCAUGGAAUAUUCUGAUUUCAGAUUCUGUAUUCAUCAAAAAUCAUCUCCAUCAAUCUAAAACUUCAAACCUGCAUCAAAAUCUUUUUCUUCUACGUAACUCGUCAAAGAGUUCCGUUUCCGAAGAAUUAUCUUUGGUUAGAUUCGAAGAUCCAAAAUUCCAAACUGUGCAAUUACUGAAAACCCCCCUUGGCUUGGACAUUGUCUUAAGCCAUUGCGACGGCGUGCUACUUUUAACCGACUCUUCGUACCGGCAAUUCGGGUUGUGGAAUCCAUCCACUCGAACCCAGACAACUUUUCGGGUCCCACGCAAAUUCGGUGGUUGUUCGAAGAGUUACGGGCUUUAUCAUGAUCCAAUUACCGGCGAUUUUAACGUGUUCGUUAUAUGCACUAAUUACUACCGAGUUUUUUCAUGCAAGAACAAUGCAUGGACGUUGAAACAUGAAUUCGCCGAGGACAGAUAUAGUUGUGAACCGGAGGUUUUCGUUGACGGUGUUUUCUAUUGGGUUAAAAUAACUCGACAUAUAACAAUAUAUUAUUACGAGAUAACAUAUUUUGAUCCGAGAGAUGACAAGCUCAAGACGUUGCCGGAGCCGGAGAAUACAGACGGCACCGGAUCGAUUUACUUGGUCGAAUUGAAAGGCCGUUUGUGCAUGUAUUGCAACGUCGGGAGAAACAACGACCACACGAAGGUUCGAUUUUGGAUGAAAGAAAAGGGCCCGGAAAAUAAUCAUUGGGAGGAGUUUAUAACCGUUGAGAAUGUGCCGACCAUAAUUGUUUUUUUAGAGCCACAAUAUUGUUUUAUGGAAAAUAAGAUUCUAAUUGAAUUACGUGAUCCAACGAGGAGGAGAUUCGUGGUCUACAACCCCGGUGAGAAGAUAGUCAAAGAUGUUGAGGACAGUGUGUUUAAACAAAUUGAAGAGAGUAUGCAUUUUGGCCUCAGGUUGCUUCCAUUUAUUGAUAGCCUUUUCUGA